AUGACGACUCGAUACAUGGAACGUCUCGCCAAAAUCGAGGAGGUCCUUCUCAUCGCCAACAAGAAAAUCGAUAUGAACGAUUUUCGUGCCGGAUGCAGUUACGGAGUGCCGGAAUCACUUCGUCCGCUUGCCUGGCGUCUUCUUCUUCACUAUUUGCCUCUGGAACGCCACAAGUGGCAAUCAUUCUUGGCCGAUCAGAGAAACAACUACGAUCAGAUGAUAGAGCAGAUCAUUGUGGAACCGGGAAAUAUUGCGAUGGAGCAGAGUAACAGUCAGACUUCAGAUAGCGAUCAUCCCCUCUCGGACCACCCAACCAGCGAUUGGCAAGCGUUCUUCCAAGACAACAAGGUUCUCUCGCAGAUUGACAAAGAUGUUCGCAGAUUGUAUCCAGAGAUACAGUUCUUCCAAUUGCUGUCCAAGUUUCCGCAUCCACACGGAAUGAAAUAUCCAUUGUCUCGCAGAGUGAUCAACCAUCAGGAGCUCACAUCUCAAGAGUUUGGAGCCAAUCGCGAUGGAAUAGUCGGUGAGGGCGAAAAAAUGCAACUAAUCAUGAAAAGUUUAUUUUUGCAGUGUGUCAAGACCAAUCUUGCAAAAGGAAGCCACGACGAGAAUCAAGCACCCAACUCAGAGUUCCAUUGGCAUAUCGUCGAGCGUAUCCUCUUCAUCUACGCGAAACUCAAUCCGGGAGUCCAAUACGUUCAAGGCAUGAACGAGUUGGUGGCCCCCAUCUACUACGUUUUCGCUAACGACACCGACGAGGAAUGGGCCGCGUAUGCCGAGGCUGACACAUUCUUCUGCUUCCAGCAACUGAUGAGUGAGGUCAAAGACAACUUCAUCAAAACCCUGGACGACAGCAUUUGUGGAAUUGAAUCUUCAAUGUCCGCAUUCCAUAACAUGAUCUCCACUUUCGAUCCCGAACUUCACAAGCAUCUCACAUCGACUCUCGAAAUCAAACCACAGUUCUACGCCUUUCGUUGGUUGUCAUUGUUGCUCAGUCAGGAGUUUCCACUUCCGGAUGUCAUCACUUUGUGGGAUGCUCUAUUCUCGGACCCCCAGAGAUUCGCCCUCCUUCCAUACGUGUGCCUGUCCAUGAUGGUCUUGCAGAGAGAGUCGCUUAUCAGUGGUGACUUCCCAUUCUGUGUUCGCCUUCUUCAGAACUAUCCGGAUUCGGAUGUCGCCAAGAUUGUCGCCUACGCUCAGGACAUUCGUGAUGGCAAGGCUCCACGUCCAGCGUCUAAGGAGGUCUCAAAAGGAAGUAAAAUCGCGAAGCACGCCCGCCAGCUCUCGGAUACACUUCGCAACCUUUCCAUCAUCAAAAAGUAG